AUGAGCACUAAUCCCUCAUACAAUUUGCAAGAAACUUUGCUUCACUGUGACCAGGAUGAAUUACAAGAGUUUUUAACAGACGUUCAAACUCUAGAAAAUGAAGAUAACUAUAAUGAUGACCCUCUAUUUAAUUUCAAGCAAAACUUGUAUGAGCGAGCUUUAGACCUAACAGAACAUGAAGACGAUCCAUGGAAAGAGCUUAAUGCUAAAGAUACGGUUGGGCAGGAUAUUAACUAUGAGGAAAUUGAGAAAAUUGAAGAAAUUGGCAGUGAAUAUAGCGAAGAAAUUCCUGCGACUACACAAAAACCCACUACACUGUGCGUUAUAAUUGAUAAUGAUUAUGGAGAGAUACGUCGCUGUAAUAGAAUUAGCAAUAAGAGAUUGCAGGAACUUGUUAGUGUUUGGAAAAUUGAUGCAAAUGCUGUUGAAGAAGUUAACAGACAACUUCAACUUUUUGGAGUCUACAAGAGUGAAAUAGUGAAAAGCACAUCUUUUCUUUCUUCUGUCAUUCUAACACAUGCGUUCAGAAGCUGGAAAUUUUGGCUUCCACAAAUAGUUGGAUCUUUUUGUGAACGACCCAAGCUUGCAUCGUAUUUGCAUGCUAUUCUUCGUGCUGCAAAUGUAGUGGCAUACUCAAAAGAUUAUGAG